AUGGCUCCGGGCCGGGGUUCCCCCCCGGGGGAGAUCCUCCAGAGGGGGGGCCCCCGUCCCCCAGCGGGGAAAACCCCCGCGGUUGGGGGAAUCCCCCCCGAGCGCAGUGGGGGGCGGGACUCGUCCCCCAGGCGGGGAACGGAUUUCCGGAAACCCCUCCCCGGGAAAGGCGUAGCCGGAAAAACCCUGCUCCGCCCUGUUUUCCGAGACCGGCGGAACCCCCUCCAGGGGGGAAGAGGCGGGGCCCCCCCACCCAAAAGGGCCCCACCCCGGCCACCGGAGUCCCCGGGCGGAGGGAAAAUCCCUUCCCCCCGGGGAGCCCCCUCCCCGAAAUUUGGCGACCCUUGGGGCCCCAAACCCCGGGGGCCGGAAGGGCGCAACCCCCCGGUAAACCUCGGACCCUUGCCUCCCCAAUUUCCCCCGGGGGGCCAGGCGCGCCCCGGGGGGGUCAACCGCCACCCCAAACCGGGCCCAAAAACGCCAUGGCCCGGCCCCCCGCCACCCCCGGGGGGGAAACACGGCCCCCCCCAAAGGGGAAAAAGCCCCCUGGGGGGGAAAUGCCCCGUUUCCAAUGCAAGUGGCAAAGAGCCACCACGGCAGCCGCCCGGUCCUCUCGGCCCACCGUUAGGGGCCGACCGCCCUCAUUGGGCCCCGGGGGGGCCCAGGGGGGGCCCCAAAAAUAAUGGGCCCCGGGGGGGGCCCCCCCGCAAAAAAACCCUCUCCCCCGCCCCCCGGGAAACCCCCAGCCCCCCGCCCCGGAAUUCCCCCGGGCCGGGCGGGCUCCGGGGGUUACCCCCCCGGGGGGGGAAGGCCCCUGGGGCCCAUUCACCCAGCCCGGGGGCCCCCUGGGCCCCAAACCCCGGGGAAGCCGACGGGCCCCGCCAAACGCCACCCUGGCCCAAAUUUCGGCCCCUCCUAAAUGUUCCCCCCCUCGGGUCCCCCGGCCCCGUAUCGGACCUUCCUGUGAGUUGGAGCUUUGAAGGGCUUUUUGCCCAGCCCCCCCCAUCCGCCGCGCUCACGGCCUCCUCGGCCCGGGCCCCCCAACCCAAUUCGUCGAAGCCCCUUCCCCAAAAGGGUGGAUGGGGGGAAAAAAGGGGAGGGGGGGCGGGGGCCCCCCCAAAAAAAAUUUUGGGUUCCCGAAACCAAAGGGGGGCCCCCGCCGAUUCGGCAGGCCGUCCCGGCUUUGAGCAGGACCACUUCCCCAUUUCCACGCUCGGAAACGUCCGGACGCCAGGUGCGUCCAACCCCCCCGGGGGCCAAUUUGGGGUGGGCCCCUCCCGGGGGCCCCCCGCCGGCCCCGGCCCCCGCCCGGGGCCCCCCGGGGCCCCCCGUUUGGGGGGAGGGCUGGGGUCCCGGCCGGAAACCUUCCCCGGAGGUUUUCGGGAAAACCCGCGGCAGCCAUGGCGAUUCGCGGGGGGGCCGGAGGUUUGGGCCCCGCCCCCUGCGUCCCAACCCCCAGGGGUCGGGCGACCAAAGCGUCGGGGGGGGCCGGGCCCCCUAGCCCCGGGGUUUUCCGAAACCGGGGGGGGAGCCCCCCGCCCCCAAGGAAAGGCGGGUUUUUGCCCGCCCCCACCGGGCGUGGGGGGGGGCCCCGCGCGGGCCCGGGGACCCCGGGCCCCCCCAUUCAAAAAGUUGCUUGGGGGGUUGGGCCCGCGGCUGGGUUUUGGGGAAACCCCCCCCCCGGGGGCCAAACCGUAUUCGGGGAUUUCCCACGGUGUUCCGGCCGGCCCCGGCUUUGGGGGACCCCGGGCGUCCCCCCCCCGACCGAUCCCGGAGGCGGCGGGGGCCCCCUCGGGGUCCCGGGGCCCCCACCUGAACUACGCGGACCCCCCGGGGGCGUCCCGCCCCCCUUUGGAUUUUUGGGGGGCCAUUUCCCCCCGUCCCCUGGCGAAAAACCCCCCAGCUUUCGGCAAUUUUUGGGUGCCGCGAGCCCCAGGGCUGAAACAGCCCCCCCGGGCCCCGGGCCCCCCGCCGCCCAAAUGGGCGGCCCGGGGGGCCCCCCCUUUAAAGGGCCCCAUCGGGCCCCCACCCCGCCUCCGGCCCGCCACCCAAAACCCCGGGUUUUUGGGGGGGCGCCCGCCCCCUUUAUAG